AUGGCCUUAAGACUGGUUAAAGUGAAACAAAUUGUAGAAAAAUGUAUAAGUAACACCGCGGUUAGGCAUAUGUCUCACUAUCCCAUCGAUGAGCAUAUAUUUGGUUUAUCAAGUGAACAGCGACAGUUACGGCAACUAGUAUUUGAUUUCACCCAAAAAGAAUUGGCGCCAAAGGCUGGAGAAAUCGAUAGAGAAAAUAAUUUUAAGGAAUUAAGAGAUUUUUGGAAGAAACUUGGAAAUUUAGGUUUACUUGGUAUCACAGCAAGCCCAGACUACGGCGGAACUGGGGGUAAAUACACUGAUCAUUGCGUUAUAAUGGAAGAAAUUUCAAGAGGCAGUGGAUCUAUUGGUUUAUCGUAUGGCGCACAUUCUAAUUUAUGUAUCAAUCAAAUCAAUAGAAAUGGAAACCACGAGCAAAAAAGCAAAUAUUUACCAAAAUUAUGUUCAGGAGAACAUAUAGGGGCCCUAGCUAUGUCUGAACCAGGCGCUGGCAGUGAUGUAGUUUCUAUGAAACUACGAGCAGAAAAGAAAGGAGACUAUUACGUGCUAAAUGGAAACAAAUUUUGGAUCACUAAUGGACCUGAUGCUGAUGUUUUAGUGGUUUAUGCAAAAACGAGUCAAACAAACAAGCCCCAGCACAGUAUAUCUGCGUUUCUAAUAGAAAAAGAUUAUCCAGGCUUUUCUACUGCACAGAAGUUAGACAAACUUGGCAUGAGGGGAUCCAACACGGGUGAAUUAGUUUUCGAAGACUGUAAGGUUCCAGCAUCUAAUCUUUUAGGGGAAGAGAACAAAGGUGUCUAUGUUUUAAUGUCGGGAUUAGAUUUAGAGCGGCUAGUGUUGGCUAGCGGUCCCGUGGGACUGAUGCAGGCAGCCAUAGAUACAUCAUUUGAAUAUGCACACACUAGGAAACAGUUCGGGAAGAAUAUUGGAGAGUUUCAAUUACUACAGGGUAAAAUGGCAGACAUGUACACAACACUAAGCGCAUGUCGGAGUUAUUUAUAUAAUGUCGCAAAAGCAUGUGACGAGGGGCACAUUAACAGCAAGGAUUGCGCUGGGGUUAUUUUGUACUGCGCCGAAAAAGCUACUCAAGUUGCUUUAGAUGCUAUACAGAUAUUAGGAGGAAAUGGUUAUAUCAACGACUAUCCAACUGGUAGGUUAAUGAGAGACGCAAAGCUUUACGAAAUAGGGGCUGGCACUUCAGAAGUUAGAAGGAUGCUUAUAGGGAGGGCAUUGAAUAGUGAAUACAAA